GUUUUACAGAAAGUUUAAAAAGUAAGAUUGAAAAAUACAAUCAAAAUUCAGAAAAUUUUAUAUUUUGUGUCGGCGAUUUAGAAGAGCAAGAAGAAUGUAAAUUUGACAUUCAUUCUCCUGAGUUGCGACAACAGUUAUGGGCCAUAAUCACUUCGAAUGGCGGAACUAUGCCUAGUCCAACAGGAAUUAAAUUUUCUGAAUUUCCAUCUGAACUUAAAACAUGA